GUUGUGUGAUCCGUCUUCUGAGUAUCGCCGGAAUUUCGAAUCGCGAUGGUCGUCCCCUCCCUAGAGGAGCUGGACUCCCUCAAGUACAGCGACCUGCAGAACUUAGCCAAGAGUCUGGGUCUCCGGGCCAACCUGAGGGCAGACAAGUUGCUAAAAGCCUUGAAAGGCCACAUUAAUCGUGAGGCAAGAAAAGGAAAUGAGAAUCAGGAUGAAUGUCAAACUUCUGCAUCCUCUUGUGAUGAGACUGAGAUACAGAUCAGCAGCCAGGAACAAGCUGAGAGAGAGCCAACUGGCCAUGUCACCAAAACAAGGAGAAGGCACAAGACUAUCCGUGUGGACCCUGACUCCCAGCAGGAUCAUUCAGAAACAAAAAUAAGUGAUCCCAGUAAAUUCCAGAAUCAUGAAAAGCAGGAAAGCCAGGAUUUCAGAACAACUGCAAAAGGUUAUUCUCCAGACGAGCACCAAGGAGCUAAGAAUGCUGUUUCCUCAGGAAAACGCAGAAUAAAUGGUAACAAAGACUCAAAGAUACCUUCAGAAAGAAAGAAAUCUCUCUACACAGAUGAGUUAUCCAAACCUGGAAAAAAUAAAAGAACUGCAAUAACUACUCCAAACUUCAAGAAGAUUCAUGAAGCUCAUUUUAAGAAAAUGGAGUCCAUUGAUCAAUAUAGUAAGAGGAAAAAGAAACAUUUUGAAGAAUACAAUUCCAUCAGUGAACUGAAGCAGCAGCCCAUCAAUAAGGGAGGAGUCAUGAUUCCAGUACCUCCAAAAGGAAGACUCUCUGUGGCUUCUACUCCCAUCAGCCAACGACGCUCUCAAGGCCAGUCUUAUGGUCCUGCAUGUCAGAGUACCUUGGGUCUGAAGGGGUCACUCAAGCGCUCUGCUAUCUCUGCAGCUAAAACAGGUGUUAGGUUUUCAGCUGCUACUAAAGAUAAUGAGCAUGAGCAUUCACUGACCAAGACUCCAUGGUCUGCACAUGUGACCAUGUCUGGGAAUACCCCAAAAGACAAGGCUAUGCUUGGGACACACAAAAUAAAGACCACCAAGAGGAAUUCUGCUGUUAUUACCCCAUUCAAGUUGACAACUGAGGCAAUGCAGACUCCAGUCUCGAAUAAGAAACCAGUGUUUGAUCUUAAAGCAAGUUUGUCUCGUCCCCUCAACUAUGAACCACACAAAGGAAAGCUUAAACCAUGGGGGCAAUCUGAAGAAAAUAAUUAUCUGAAUGGACAUGUCAGCAGAAUUAAUUUCCACAAGAAAACUUACAAACAACCCCGUCUCCAGACAAAGGAAGAGCGACGGAAGAAACAUGAGCAAGAACGAAAGGAGAAGAAAGCAAAGAUUUUGGGAGUGCGAAGGGGCCUCAUUUUGGCUGAUGAUUAGUAAUUUUUUAACAUCUUGUAAAUAUUCCUGUAUUCUGAACUAUUUUUCCUUUUGUAAACUUUUUUUUGCUUUCUUCCCCACUUUAGUCAUGAGAUCUUUUUCUGCUGUUCAUAUUCUAUGUAAUGUCCAUAGGUUCUUCAUGUGCUACAAUCUCUGAAAAGACAUUAUCACCUUAAAGCUCGAAUUCUUUGGGAUGGUUUUUGCUUAAGUCCCUAUACAACUCAGUUUUCUAAAGAGACCCAUCCUAAGAUUCUGGUCCUAGAUUUUUAAUUUCAAGUUCCCCCUGCUGGUUCUAGUAUGAACAGAACUGCAGUCUUCUGCUAGGCAAUAGCAUUUACCUGUUGGCAGCUGGAGACUGGGUUUCACCAAGUUGGCCAGGAUGGUCUCAAUCUCUUCACCUAGUGAUCCGCCCACCUGGGCCUCCCAAAGUGCUGGGAUUUCAGGCGUGAGCCACGGCACCUGGCCUAAUUAUUGUUUUUUCAGAGACACAGUGUUGCUCUGUCACCCAGGCUGGAGUACAGUACUAAGAUCAUAGCUCACUGUAACUCCUUAUGGGCCCAAGGGUUCCUCCUGAGGGAAUGUGUUCUCUUUCUGGGUCCACAAGGGGGUGUAGUUUUAGGGGCAAGAACUUCCCAGUGCCAUGCCCACUCCCAUCUCUCUCCAUCCAGAAGAUUUAAUUUUCGCGACUGCGGGAAGAAUCAAGUCAAUCACUCCAGCGGAAGUCCUAAAGAACUCCUUUCAUUGGCCAGAGGUCUUGGAGAAGGUGGGGGUUCCUCCUAGGUUAAAAAGUCCCCUGCUUCCAGACCCUUUCAGACUCAAUGUUUGGAUCCCCUCCCCCGCCCUUAUGUGGAAGUUUUCUUCUUUUUUUUCUCUUUCUCUGCCUAAAAUAAAAAUCACAUUUUUGCAA